ACACCACUGAAUGAAUAUUUAUUAAAACUGUUUAAUUUUCAUAUUCUUAGCACGAUUUAGAAAAAUAGGUGCUUUUGAUUAAUACCAAUUAUCAAAGCCGUUUUUGAGGCACAAUUAUAUCUUAUUAACAGGCAGAUCCAUUAUUCGACCUCACAUGAUAAAAUCAAAUGGAUUAAGGUCUGGUGACCUAGAGGGUCAAUUUAUGGGAGUGUCAUCUCUAAUUAAUUUAAUUUUUUUAUUUUAAAAUGAAUUUUUUGUUUAGAUUUUUGCCAAAAAAUCUAUUUUCAUUGUUCUUUGUGACUAAAAAAUAUCAAUAAUCUCAUAAAUGAUCGUUAUUUUUAGAUAAUUACUAUAACUUAAUAAGUGUGCGAAAAAAUCAUUGUUUAAAAAUGUCAUCACUGUGGGACUUCACUGAUUUCGAAACCGCAUAUCAAUUAUUCUUUUUAAAAAAUACAGUUUAUUUCGGACACUCUUUAUAAUCCACCGAGGGGUUCCCCGAAUUACGAAUUAUUGUUGAUCAAUAGAGGACACCUUGGUUUGUUGCCACGUGGAAUAAAUAAUCGCUGUCCUGCUAAAAUAUCCAAUGACCAUUAAGUUUAGCACCACCACUUUAAGAUUAGUGUUAUUGUUUGUUUUUCUACAUGUCUUUCAUUUGAUUAUUUGUGAACUAAUAGCUUGGUAAAAUACGUGUAAUUAACGAACAAUAAAUUUUGAUUGCAAGGUAUAAUAAUUACUUUAGCAACUGCGCUGUUUCUCUGGAUAGUAGCCAACUGACUAUUUAACCAACAGAUAUUUGUGAUUUGAGACAAAUAUCAAGUGUUUCCGAAGUGCUCAACUGCAGCAGUUAAAAGCAACUUAAUAUCGGAAUUUUAAAAUUAAAUUGACUACAAUGGAUCAACAUGCAUUGAACAACAGAUCUAGACAAUUGAAUCCACAAGAUCCUGUGUAUUGGAGUUCCAGAGGACACAAUCAUGUAAGUACAUCUCAGAUGUAUCAAACAACUUUAAAUAACAGGUCUAGACAAAUGAAUCCACAAGAUCCUGUGUAUUGGAGUUCCAGAGGACACAAUCCUGUAAAUACAUCUCAGAUGUAUCAAACAACUUUAAAUAACAGGUCUAGACAAAUGAAUCCACAAGAUCCUGUGUAUUGGAAUUCCAGAGGACACAAUCCUGUAAAUACAUCUCAGUUGGAUCAAACAACUUUAAAUAACAGAUCUAGACAAAUGAAUCCACAAGAUCCUGUGUAUUGGAGUUCCAUAGGACACAUUCCUGUAAAUACAUCUCAGUUGGAUCAAACAACUUUAAAUAACAGAUCUAGACAAAUGAAUCCACAAGAUCCUGUGUAUUGGAGUUCCAGAGGACACAAUCCUGUAAAUACAUCUCAGAUGGAUCAAACAAGUUUAAAUAACAGAUCUAGACAAAUGAAUCCACAAGAUCCUGUCUAUUGGAAAUCCAGAGGAAACGAACACUUUGUAGGUCCUAUAAAAUAUUCGUCUCAGAGGAAGCAAGGAACUUUGGAUCAGAUCUAGACAAAUGAAUCCAAAAGUUCUUGUUUAUUGAUGUUUUAUGGGAUACACUAUGUUCUAUUUAUAUUUCUAUUAGAGAUAUUAUAGUAUUAUAAAUAUAUUUUUGUUUAACCACCUUUCUAGGCAGUUCAGUAAUUUAGCAAGGCCACAUGCUCUUCAAUAGCUUCACUUGAGAAUCUGGGAGUCAUACUAGACCAAUAAUGUCUGCCUCAUGUAUAUGUAUAUUUAUAUAAAUAUUAUAAAUUACUCUCAAUAUGUUAUUAUUCAUAUCAUAUUAACACUAAUGUAUAUAUUUUACUGUGUGGUCCAAUUAUGUGAGAAAUACUCAUUCAACUUUUUUUGUCUUGUGUCAAAAAAGUGGCAAUAAAAAGGUCUAUGAAUUUCA